CCAUUCACAUCAAUUGCAACAAAUUAAAGCACCACAUUAGCGUUAUAGCCGAUGGGAAACUGAGUCUGUUUUUUGUUCAGAGAUUUGGGCGCGGUCCAUGGUCCGAUGAUGCAGCUACUGAGCCUGCUCUUCGUUUGUACGCUGAUCUGCUCCACUUGCGCACAAGCAGUAAAAGAUGGGACCGUCAGGCUCGUCGGCGGGGCGUCAUCGAAUGAAGGCAGAGUAGAGGUCAGUUACAACGGAAAAUGGGGGACUGUUUGCGACGAUCUCUGGGAUACCGCCGAUGCUAGCGUGGUCUGCCGAUCUCUCGAUUUUCCUGGUGCGAUUGAAGCAGUAUCUCAGGCCAAGUUCGGCGAAGGCACCGUACCCAUUCUCCUAGAUAACGUCCAGUGUACCGGGCGAGAAUCAAGUAUCUUGGACUGUGCCCAUGAAGGGAUCGGGACCAACAACUGCGCCCAUUCGGAAGACGCCGGUGUCAUCUGUAGCCCACUUGAAGAGGGCCAGGUACGUCUUGUGGACGGUGAGACACCAUCAGAAGGCCGAGUGGAAAUCGUCUUCAAAGGGCAAUGGGGAACUGUCUGCGAUGAUGCCUGGGAUACGUCCGAUGCUACGGUGGUCUGCCGAUCUCUCGGAUUCAUCGGCGCUCUUGAAGCUGUCUCAUCGGCCGGAUUCGGUCAAGGCACUGGCACCAUUGUCCUUGACAACGUCAGUUGUUCUGGAAGCGAAUCCACUCUCAUCGAAUGCGCCAACCGUGGUCUUGGAGUUCACAACUGUGGCCAUUCAGAAGAUGCUGGAGUCCGCUGCGAAGUGCUUCAAGAUGGUGAAAUACGCCUAGUAGGAGGCACAACUGAUUCUGAAGGUCGUGUUGAGGUCAGCUACAAUGGCGAAUGGGGAACUGUAUGCGAUGACAGUUGGGAUACCACCGAUGCAAACGUGGUCUGCCGAGCUCUCGGUUUUGUUGGUGCGCUUGAAGCUGUACCAUCGGCUGGAUUCGGUCAAGGCACUGGAACCAUUGUCCUUGAUGAUGUCAAUUGUUCUGGAGACGAAGCAACCCUUUUUGAAUGCGCAAAUGCUGGUCUUGGAGUCAACAACUGUGGCCAUUCAGAAGAUGCUGGUGUGCGAUGCGAAGUUCUAGAAGAUGGUGAGGUCCGUCUAGUUGGAGGCACCUCUGAUUCUGAAGGUCGUGUUGAGGUCAGUUACAACGGUGAAUGGGGUACUGUUUGCGAUGAUCUUUGGGAUACGACCGAUGCAAACGUGGUCUGCCGAUCUCUUGGUUUUGUUGGUGCUCUUGAAGCAGUGCCAUCGGCUGGAUUCGGUGAAGGAACUGGAACCAUUGUUCUUGAUGAUGUAAAUUGCCUUGGAAAUGAGUCGAGCCUCUUUGAAUGCGGAAAUCGUGGUCUCGGUGUUAAUAACUGUGGCCAUUCAGAAGAUGCAGGAGUUCGUUGUCAAGUACUUGAAGAUGGUGAAAUUCGCCUCGUAGGAGGCACUUCCGAUUCAGAAGGUCGCGUGGAGGUCAGUUACAAUGGAGAAUGGGGAACUGUUUGCGAUGAUCUUUGGGAUACGACGGAUGCCAACGUGGUCUGCCGAUCUCUUGGAUUUGCUGGUGCUCUUGAAGCUGUGCCAUCGGCUGGAUUCGGUCAAGGAACUGGCACCAUUGUUCUUGAUGAUGUCAAUUGUUCUGGAGACGAAUCGAGCCUCUUUGAAUGCGCGAAUCGUGGUCUUGGGGUCAACAACUGUGGCCAUUCAGAAGAUGCCGGAGUUCGUUGUCAAGUACUUGAAGAUGGUGAAAUACGCCUAGUAGGAGGCGCAACCGAUUCUGAAGGUCGUGUAGAGGUCAGCUACAAUGGACAAUGGGGAACUGUAUGCGAUGAUAGUUGGGAUACCACCGAUGCCAACGUAGUCUGCCGAGCUCUCGGUUUUGUUGGUGCGCUUGAAGCUGUACCAUCGGCUGGAUUCGGUCAAGGCACUGGAACCAUUGUCCUUGAUGAUGUCAAUUGUUCUGGAGACGAAGCAACCCUUUUUGAAUGCGCAAAUCCUGGUCUUGGAGUCAACAACUGUGGCCAUUCAGAAGAUGCUGGUGUUCGCUGCGAAGUUCUAGAAGAUGGUGAGGUUCGUCUAGUUGGAGGCACCACUGAUUCCGAAGGUCGUGUAGAGGUCAGCUACAAUGGACAAUGGGGUACUGUCUGCGAUGACAGUUGGGAUACGACCGAUGCCAACGUGGUCUGCCGAUCUCUUGGAUUUAUUGGUGCUCUUGAAGCAGUGCCAUCGGCUGGAUUCGGUCAAGGCACUGGAACCAUUGUCCUUGAUGAUGUCAAUUGUUCUGGAGAUGAAUCGAGCCUCUUCGAAUGCGAAAAUCCUGGUCUUGGAGUCAAUAACUGUGGCCAUUCAGAAGAUGCUGGUGUGCGAUGCGAAGUUCUAGAAGAUGGUGAGGUCCGUCUAGUUGGAGGCACCUCUGAUUCUGAAGGUCGUGUUGAGGUCAGUUACAACGGUGAAUGGGGUACUGUUUGCGAUGAUCUUUGGGAUACGACCGAUGCAAACGUGGUCUGCCGAUCUCUUGGUUUUGUUGGUGCUCUUGAAGCAGUGCCAUCGGCUGGAUUCGGUGAAGGAACUGGAACCAUUGUUCUUGAUGAUGUAAAUUGCCUUGGAAAUGAGUCGAGCCUCUUUGAAUGCGGAAAUCGUGGUCUCGGUGUUAAUAACUGUGGCCAUUCAGAAGAUGCCGGAGUUCGUUGUCAAGUACUUGAAGAUGGUGAAAUUCGCCUCGUAGGAGGCACUUCCGAUUCAGAAGGUCGCGUGGAGGUCAGUUACAAUGGAGAAUGGGGAACUGUUUGCGAUGAUCUUUGGGAUACGACGGAUGCCAACGUGGUCUGCCGAUCUCUUGGAUUUGCUGGUGCUCUUGAAGCUGUGCCAUCGGCUGGAUUCGGUCAAGGAACUGGCACCAUUGUUCUUGAUGAUGUUAAUUGUUCUGGAGACGAAUCGAGCCUCUUUGAAUGCGCGAAUCGUGGUCUUGGGGUCAACAACUGUGGCCAUUCAGAAGAUGCUGGAGUUCGUUGUCAAGUACUUGAAGAUGGUGAAAUACGCCUAGUAGGAGGCGCAACCGAUUCUGAAGGUCGUGUAGAGGUCAGCUACAAUGGACAAUGGGGAACUGUAUGCGAUGAUAGUUGGGAUACCACCGAUGCCAACGUAGUCUGCCGAGCUCUCGGUUUUGUUGGUGCGCUUGAAGCUGUACCAUCGGCUGGAUUCGGUCAAGGCACUGGAACCAUUGUCCUUGAUGAUGUCAAUUGUUCUGGAGACGAAGCAACCCUUUUUGAAUGCGCAAAUGCUGGUCUUGGAGUCAACAACUGUGGCCAUUCAGAAGAUGCUGGUGUUCGCUGCGAAGUUCUAGAAGAUGGUGAGGUUCGUCUAGUUGGAGGCACCACUGAUUCCGAAGGUCGUGUAGAGGUCAGCUACAAUGGACAAUGGGGUACUGUCUGCGAUGACAGUUGGGAUACGACCGAUGCCAACGUGGUCUGCCGAUCUCUUGGAUUUAUUGGUGCUCUUGAAUCAGUGCCAUCGGCUGGAUUCGGUCAAGGCACUGGAACCAUUGUCCUUGAUGAUGUCAAUUGUUCUGGAGACGAAUCGAGCCUCUUCGAAUGCGAAAAUCCUGGUCUUGGAGUCAAUAACUGUGGUCAUUCAGAAGAUGCUGGUGUUCGAUGCGAAGUUCUAGAAGAUGGGGAGGUCCGUCUAGUUGGAGGCACCACUGAUUCUGAAGGUCGUGUGGAAGUCAGCUACAAUGGACAAUGGGGCACUGUCUGCGAUGAUGAAUGGGAUUCAACCGAUGCCAACGUGGUCUGCCGAUCUCUAGGUUUUGUUGGUUCUCUUGAAGCAGUGCCAUCGGCUGGAUUCGGUCAAGGAACUGGCACCAUUGUUCUUGAUGAUGUCAAUUGCCUUGGGAAUGAGUCGAGCCUCUUUGAAUGCGGAAAUCGUGGUCUCGGGGUCAAUAACUGUGGCCAUUCAGAAGAUGCUGGAGUUCGUUGUCAGGUACUUGAAGAUGGUGAAAUUCGCCUUGUAGGAGGCACCUCUGAUUCUGAAGGUCGUGUUGAGGUCAGUUACAACGGUGAAUGGGGUACUGUUUGUGAUGAUCUUUGGGACACGACGGAUGCCAACGUGGUCUGCCGAUCUCUCGGUUUUGUUGGAGCGCUUGAAGCUGUACCAUCGGCUGGAUUCGGUCAAGGCACUGGAACCAUUGUCCUUGAUGAUGUCAAUUGUUCCGGAGACGAAGCAACCCUUUUUGAAUGCGCAAAUCCCGGUCUUGGAGUAAACAAUUGUGGCCAUUCAGAAGAUGCUGGUGUUCGUUGCGCAGUUCUGGAAGAUGGUGAGGUUCGUCUAGUUGGAGGCACCACUGAUUCCGAAGGUCGUGUAGAGGUCAGCUUCAAUGGAGAAUGGGGUACUGUCUGCGAUGACGGUUGGGAUACGACCGAUGCCAACGUGGUCUGCCGAUCUCUCGGAUAUGUUGGUGCUCUUGAAGCUGUGCCAUCGGCUGGAUUCGGUGAAGGCACUGGCACCAUUGUCCUUGAUGAUGUGAAUUGCAAUGGAAAUGAAUCGAGCCUCUUCGAAUGCGGGAAUCCUGGUCUUGGAAUCAACAACUGUGGUCAUUCAGAAGAUGCUGGAGUUCGUUGCGAAGUACUUGAAGAUGGUGAGGUUCGUUUAGUUGGAGGCACCUCUGAUUCUGAAGGUCGUGUUGAGGUCAGCUACAACGGUGAAUGGGGUACUGUUUGUGAUGAUCUUUGGGAUACGACCGAUGCAAACGUGGUCUGCCGAUCUCUCGGAUAUGUUGGUGCUCUUGAAGCUGUGCCAUCGGCUGGAUUCGGUCAAGGCACUGGUACCAUUGUUCUUGAUGACGUCAAUUGUUCUGGAGACGAAUCGACCCUCUUUGAAUGCGCAAAUGCUGGUCUUGGAGUGAACAACUGUGGCCAUUCAGAAGAUGCCGGAGUUCGUUGUCAAGUGCUUGAAGAUGGUGAGAUUCGGUUAGUUGGAGGCAACUCUGAAUCUGAAGGUCGUGUUGAAGUCAGUUACAACGGUGAAUGGGGUACUGUUUGCGAUGAUGAAUGGGAUUCAACUGAUGCCAACGUGGUCUGCCGAUCUCUAGGUUUUGUUGGUUCUCUUGAAGCAGUGUCAUCGGCUGGAUUCGGUCAAGGAACUGGCACCAUUGUUCUUGAUGACGUCAAUUGCCUUGGGAAUGAGUCGAGCCUCUUUGAAUGCGGAAAUCGUGGUCUCGGGGUCAAUAACUGUGGCCAUUCAGAAGAUGCUGGAGUUCGUUGUCAGGUACUUGAAGAUGGUGAAAUUCGCCUUGUAGGAGGCACCUCUGAUUCUGAAGGUCGUGUUGAGGUCAGUUACAACGGUGAAUGGGGUACUGUUUGUGAUGAUCUUUGGGACACGACGGAUGCCAACGUGGUCUGCCGAUCUCUCGGUUUUGUUGGAGCGCUUGAAGCUGUACCAUCGGCUGGAUUCGGUCAAGGCACUGGAACCAUUGUCCUUGAUGAUGUCAAUUGUUCCGGAGACGAAGCAACCCUUUUUGAAUGCGCAAAUCCUGGUCUUGGAGUAAACAAUUGUGGCCAUUCAGAAGAUGCUGGUGUUCGUUGCGAAGUUCUAGAAGAUGGUGAGGUUCGUCUAGUUGGAGGCACCACUGAUUCCGAAGGUCGUGUAGAGGUCAGCUUCAAUGGAGAAUGGGGUACUGUCUGCGAUGACGGUUGGGAUACGACCGAUGCCAACGUGGUCUGCCGAUCUCUCGGAUAUAUUGGUGCACUUGAAGCUGUGCCAUCGGCUGGAUUCGGUGAAGGCACUGGCACCAUUGUCCUUGAUGAUGUGAAUUGCAAUGGAAAUGAAUCGAGCCUCUUCGAAUGCGGGAAUCCUGGUCUUGGAAUCAACAACUGUGGUCAUUCAGAAGAUGCUGGAGUUCGUUGCGAAGUACUUGAAGAUGGUGAGGUUCGUUUAGUUGGAGGCACCUCUGAUUCUGAAGGUCGUGUUGAGGUCAGCUACAACGGUGAAUGGGGUACUGUUUGUGAUGAUCUUUGGGAUACGACCGAUGCCAAUGUGGUCUGCCGAUCUCUCGGAUAUGUUGGUGCUCUUGAAGCUGUGCCAUCGGCUGGAUUCGGUGAAGGCACUGGCACCAUUGUCCUUGAUGAUGUGAAUUGCAAUGGAAAUGAAUCGAGCCUCUUCGAAUGCGGGAAUCCUGGUCUUGGAAUCAACAACUGUGGUCAUUCAGAAGAUGCUGGAGUUCGUUGCGAAGUACUUGAAGAUGGUGAGGUUCGUUUAGUUGGAGGCACCUCUGAUUCUGAAGGUCGUGUUGAGGUCAGCUACAACGGUGAAUGGGGUACUGUUUGUGAUGAUCUUUGGGAUACGACCGAUGCAAACGUGGUCUGCCGAUCUCUCGGUUUUGCUGGUGCUCUUGAAGCUGUGCCAUCGGCUGGAUUCGGUCAAGGCACUGGUACCAUUGUUCUUGAUGACGUCAAUUGUUCUGGAGACGAAUCGACCCUCUUUGAAUGCGCAAAUGCUGGUCUUGGAGUGAACAACUGUGGCCAUUCAGAAGAUGCCGGAGUUCGUUGUCAAGUGCUUGAAGAUGGUGAGAUUCGGUUAGUUGGAGGCAACUCUGAAUCUGAAGGUCGUGUUGAAGUCAGUUACAACGGUGAAUGGGGUACUGUUUGCGAUGAUGAAUGGGAUUCAACUGAUGCCAACGUGGUCUGCCGAUCUCUAGGUUUUGUUGGUUCUCUUGAAGCAGUGUCAUCGGCUGGAUUCGGUCAAGGAACUGGCACCAUUGUUCUUGAUGACGUCAAUUGCCUUGGGAAUGAGUCGAGCCUCUUUGAAUGCGGAAAUCGUGGUCUCGGGGUCAAUAACUGUGGCCAUUCAGAAGAUGCUGGAGUUCGUUGUCAGGUACUUGAAGAUGGUGAAAUUCGCCUUGUAGGAGGCACCUCUGAUUCUGAAGGUCGUGUUGAGGUCAGUUACAACGGUGAAUGGGGUACUGUUUGUGAUGAUCUUUGGGACACGACGGAUGCCAACGUGGUCUGCCGAUCUCUCGGUUUUGUUGGAGCGCUUGAAGCUGUACCAUCGGCUGGAUUCGGUCAAGGCACUGGAACCAUUGUCCUUGAUGAUGUCAAUUGUUCCGGAGACGAAGCAACCCUUUUUGAAUGCGCAAAUCCUGGUCUUGGAGUCAACAAUUGUGGCCAUUCAGAAGAUGCUGGUGUUCGUUGCGAAGUUCUAGAAGAUGGUGAGGUUCGUCUAGUUGGAGGCACCACUGAUUCCGAAGGUCGUGUAGAGGUCAGCUACAAUGGAGAAUGGGGUACUGUCUGCGAUGAUGCAUGGGAUUCAACCGAUGCCAACGUGGUCUGCCGAUCUCUAGGUUUUGUUGGUUCUCUUGAAGCAGUGUCAUCGGCUGGAUUCGGUCAAGGAACUGGCACCAUUGUUCUUGAUGACGUCAAUUGCCUUGGGAAUGAGUCGAGCCUCUUUGAAUGCGGAAAUCGUGGUCUCGGGGUCAAUAACUGUGGCCAUUCAGAAGAUGCUGGAGUUCGUUGUCAGGUACUUGAAGAUGGUGAAAUUCGCCUUGUAGGAGGCACCUCUGAUUCUGAAGGUCGUGUUGAGGUCAGUUACAACGGUGAAUGGGGUACUGUUUGUGAUGAUCUUUGGGACACGACGGAUGCCAACGUGGUCUGCCGAUCUCUCGGUUUUGUUGGAGCGCUUGAAGCUGUACCAUCGGCUGGAUUCGGUCAAGGCACUGGAACCAUUGUCCUUGAUGAUGUCAAUUGUUCCGGAGACGAAGCAACCCUUUUUGAAUGCGCAAAUCCUGGUCUUGGAGUCAACAAUUGUGGCCAUUCAGAAGAUGCUGGUGUUCGUUGCGAAGUUCUAGAAGAUGGUGAGGUUCGUCUAGUUGGAGGCACCACUGAUUCCGAAGGUCGUGUAGAGGUCAGCUUCAAUGGAGAAUGGGGUACUGUCUGCGAUGACGGUUGGGAUACGACCGAUGCCAACGUGGUCUGCCGAUCUCUCGGAUAUGUUGGUGCUCUUGAAGCUGUGCCAUCGGCUGGAUUCGGUGAAGGCACUGGCACCAUUGUCCUUGAUGAUGUGAAUUGCAAUGGAAAUGAAUCGAGCCUCUUCGAAUGCGGGAAUCCUGGUCUUGGAAUCAACAACUGUGGUCAUUCAGAAGAUGCUGGAGUUCGUUGCGAAGUACUUGAAGAUGGUGAGGUUCGUUUAGUUGGAGGCACCUCUGAUUCUGAAGGUCGUGUUGAGGUCAGCUACAACGGUGAAUGGGGUACUGUUUGUGAUGAUCUUUGGGAUACGACCGAUGCAAACGUGGUCUGCCGAUCUCUCGGUUUUGCUGGUGCUCUUGAAGCUGUGCCAUCGGCUGGAUUCGGUCAAGGCACUGGUACCAUUGUCCUUGAUGACGUCAAUUGUUCUGGAGACGAAUCGACCCUCUUUGAAUGCGCAAAUGCUGGUCUUGGAGUGAACAACUGUGGCCAUUCAGAAGAUGCCGGAGUUCGUUGUCAAGUGCUUGAAGAUGGCAUCGUCCGACUCGUAGACGGCCUUUCGUCAUCUGAAGGUCGCGUGGAGGUCAGCUACAACGGACAAUGGGGAACUGUCUGCGAUGACGAAUGGGAUAUAACCGAUGCCACCGUGGUCUGCCGAUCUCUGGGUUUCAUCGGUGCCCUUGAUGCCAUCCCAUCGGCUGGAUUCGGUGAAGGCACUGGCACCAUUGUCCUUGAUGACGUUAACUGUUUUGGAGACGAAUCGAGCCUCUUCGAAUGCUCGAAUCGUGGUCUUGGAGUCCAUAACUGCGGUCAUGGAGAGGAUGCCGGAGUUCGUUGCGAAGUGCCUCCCGUUCCAGUCCGAAUCGUCGGAGGUUUGGUGGAAGGAAGAGUUGAGGUGCUCUUCAACGGAGAAUGGGGGACCGUGUGCGAUGACCUCUGGGACGACUCUGACGCUACGGUCGUCUGCCGAAUGCUUUCCCUUGGCCAGACGGGUGCUGCGCGGAGAGAAGCCUACUACGGCAAGGGCGAGGGGAGUAUAUUCCUCACAGCUCUUGAGUGCGACGGAAGUGAAGCGAGUCUCUUCGAUUGCCCCAACGGUGGUUUAGGUAGCAACUGCAUACACGCUCAGGACGCGGGCGUUCAGUGUCUGCCGUAAU